UACAACCACUCCUUCAACCAUUACCACAUUACCAUCCCACCUAAUACCCCGAUACCCCAUCCCCAACCCAACAAAAGAACAAGAGAAAGGUGUGAAAGGAGCAGCAUUGGUUCAUUGCUGUUGUUGCUUCAUCUAUACAAUUUUCAAUUUUUCUGCAAAACCCAAAAAAGAGAAAUAAAAAAAUCCCGUAUAUUAUAGUUAAUCCGUUUCCAUCUUGAAGAUCCCUAUUGAUUCUUCUGCCUGAGUUUGUUUUGUAUUGGGAGUGGACUCAGUAUUUGAUUUUGAGUUGAGAUGUUAAUUUGAUUGCUGAGGAGCAGAGAAAAAUGUCCGCUUCUGUUGCCACAUUUGAACGCCCUUUCAUUGGAAAUUCAAAUACGAUUUUCAAGAGUGGGCAUCUUUUCAUAUCUUCCAAAGGUUUAGGAUGGAGGUCCUGGAAGAAGCGAUGGUUUAUCCUUACGCGCACUUCUUUGGUUUUCUUCAAGAAUGACCCUAGCGCACUUCCACAGCGAGGUGGUGAAGUAAAUCUGACUCUGGGGGGCAUUGAUUUAAAUAAUUCAGGGAGUGUUGUAGUUCGAGAAGAUAAGAAGCUACUAACCGUUUUGUUUCCUGAUGGACGUGAUGGACGGGCAUUUACUCUUAAAGCAGAGACAUCGGAGGACUUGUAUGAGUGGAAGACAGCUCUAGAACAUGCUCUUGCACAAGCUCCAAGUUCUGUGCUUGUGAUGGGACACAAUGGGAUAUUUAGGAGUGACACUAAUGAUACAACUGAAGGGUCCUUCUAUCAACGUAGGGAUAAGCGCCCAGUGAAAUCUUUGGUUGUUGGACGCCCAAUUUUGCUUGCAUUGGAAGAUAUAGAUGGAGGACCAUCCUUCCUUGAAAAAGCACUUCAAUUUCUCGAGAAACACGGAGUGAAAGUUGAAGGAAUUCUUAGGCAGUCUGCAGAUGUGGAGGAAGUGGAGCGAAGAGUUCAACAAUAUGAACAAGGCAAGACUGAAUUUGGUCCAGAUGAGGACGCUCAUGUUAUUGGGGACUGUGUUAAGCAUGUUCUUCGGGAGCUGCCUUCAUCUCCUGUCCCUGCAUCUUGCUGCACUGCUUUGUUGGAAGCCUAUAAAAUUGAUCAGAAGGAAGCUCGGGUGAAUGCAAUGUGCUCUGCAAUACAGGAUACUUUUCCUGAACCCAACAGGCGUCUCCUACAGAGAAUUCUUAAGAUGAUGCAUAUGAUUUCCUCACAUGCAUCUGAUAAUCGGAUGACUCCAUCUGCUGUUGCUGCUUGUAUGGCACCACUGCUCUUGCGGCCUCUUUUAGCUGGUGAAUGUGAACUGGAGGAUGAUUUUGAUAUCAACGGUGACAAUUCUGCUCAGCUUCUUGCUGCUGCAAAUGCUGCUAAUAAUGCCCAAGCCAUUAUUACAACACUCUUGGAUGAAUAUGAGAAUAUUUUUGAUGAUCAUAGUCUGCACAGAUGUUCUAUAUCUGCAAGUUCACAAACUGACAAUAGUGAUAGUGAAGAUACAACUGAUGAUGAAAAUAUAGACAUAAAAAACAAUGGUUAUCAUGAUGCUGAAAAUGAAGUUGACCCUGAAACAGAAGAUGACUGUUAUCGUAGACUCAGUGGCAAGUUAAGUGAAAGCAGUGGUUCUGCAGCCAGCGAUCUUUACGACUAUAAGGUAAUUGGAAAUGAUGAUUCAGACGUCGGAUCUCCCAUGGAUAGUCCUACUUCUGCAACUAAAUCAAAUCCAAUUAUAGACCCUAAACCUUUUAGAGAUUCUAAUGCUUUGGUUAACGAGCAGCUAGACCAACAGAAGAAGCCAGGUGAAAAUCCAAUGAAUGCUUCGAUCGAAUUAAUUGGUAAUGAGUCUCAACAAUCUAUGGGGGAAAUUUUGUCAUCUAUGGAUCAAGAGAUAAAUCUUUCAAGUCCUGCACCUGUGUCAUUGGUUGAGAAGCCAACCACCAAACAUACAAAUUCCAAUCUGAGUGUCCAGAGAUCAACAUUUUGGGGAAAGAAAAAUUCUGGGAAAACAUCUUCAGCGGAAUCAGUUGAUUCUUCUGGGGAAGAAGAGCUUGCUAUCCAGAGAUUGGAGAUUGCAAAGAAUGAUCUGCGUAACAGGAUUGCGAAAGAGGCAAGAGGAAAUGCAAUUUUGCAAGCUAGCUUGCAGAGGAGGAAACAAGCUUUGCACGAGCGUCGUUUGGCACUUGAACAAGAUGUUGCAAGAUUACAAGAACAGUUGCAAGCUGAGAGAGAUUUACGGGCUGCAUUGGAAGUGGGCCUGAGCUUGUCUUCUGAGCAGGUUUCGGGAUCUCAUGGGAUGGAUUCCAAGACGAGGGCUGAGCUUGAGGAGAUAGCUCUUGCUGAAGCAGAUGUGGCCAGAUUGAAGGAGAAAGUUGCUGAACUUCAUCAUCAGCUUAGUCAGCAAAGUCAAAAUCACUAUGGCACUCUCCCUGAUGCAUCCGGUCUGUUUCAACGUGCCACAAAUCAGAGUCCUCCGCAGAAGUAUUUCCAGCAUGAUUUUGACACAACACUUGCUUUCUGUAACCAUGAAAGGAAACAAAGAACUGAGGAGUUUGUUGGAGCAGAUCUGAGAAAUAUUAGAGGACAAGUAUUAACACCUGGCAGCAGUAGUAGACGACCUGCUCGGCAUCAGUUCAUGGAUUCAACAGGUUUGAGUGAUUCUAAAAGUACUGGGGCAUCCAUGAUUUCUUCCGUGGACGACCUCUCUUAUGUUGAUUCUGCAGCCAUGCCUUCCACAUCUAGACCGGCAGAGGUGAUAGAUUAUCCUAGAAAUCCCUCAGCAGCAGCAUCCACUUUGGUCGAAUUGACAACACGUCUUGAUUUUUUCAAGGAGAGGAGGUCUCAGUUGAUGGAACAACUCCACAGCCUCGAUUUAAACUAUGAGACUUCACAAGAUUAUAUGUAUAAAUCAUCGUCUCUUAAGUGGAACUGAACAUGGUUUCUCCUCAGGCGUAUCAAGAGACACUGAAGUCGCGACCUUGUAUAUUCUUCGUCCCCAUUAGUAUAUAGUCGUAUUUCAUAUUUGGCAGUUGCUCUACUAUUAACUUUUGUUUUUGUUUUGCAUUUUUGGAGACCACAGAGAAUGCAAUUAGCAUCUAGGCUCCGUGAUUCUUAUCAACUAUAUUAACUUUUUAAGGUGCACAACUUUGUGUAAUUAUUGAUAAGACAUUAUGUUAUAUGUAUGGAAAGUAGUCGAGCAUUUUGGUCGAACGAAACAUACUCAAUGUCUGUGUUUUGUCAAGACAUUUUGUAAGGAUCAUAAAUUCCAUAUAUCUCGUGGCUAUUGUUAUGUUAGAA